GGGCCUGGAGAAGGUGGGGAGUGAGGAUGAAGGUGUCUCUGGCUUUGGGUGCGGGAGGGGGUGGAGGAAAGAGCUACCGAGGGAUUCCUGAGUGCUGAUUGAAAUUGGGAUAGCUUUCGCUUUGUCUCCCCAUCAAACCCAGCUGUGCAUGGAAGGGUUAGUCCGUCGCGUCAAAGGCAGGGACAGCUGAGCCCCUAAAGGAAUCCUUGAGAACCUGGGAGUGGGCAUUUCACUUUUUCUGCGAUUAGGGAGUCCCUCGGCCUCUGCCCUUUGGCCUUUGACACGUGUGCACCUUCUGCUUCUCCAGCAUUAUUUACAAUAGACAAGACAUGGGAACAGCCUAAGUGUCUAUCCUUCAAUGAAUGAAUAAAGAAGCUAAGGAAAGUUUGUCAACCUGGAUUUAGUUUAGCCCAGAUUUUGAAAAUCAGGAUAAAAUUUUUUUAAAAAUCUGAAACAGGAUGUAUUCUUUAAGCUUGAUGAAGUGUUAAGAUUUGUGCAUUUCAAAACAGACCAUUUAAAAAUGAAGCGGCCACAUUGUCUAAGACUGGGAGCCUUAGAGACAUGUUCUAUUCUCAGAUGAGAGAAUGGAAGCAUAAUUACAUUAAGGAACUUACCAAAGGCCCCAGAGCUGGGUUUUGAACCUAAUAUUCUAGCUUCUGAGCUCACACUUUUGAGUGGUUUGAUAUUUUUCUUCCCUCAUAAAGAUCUUUAACACAUCUGGAAUUGAUUUUUGUGAAUGUUUGGAGGUAUGGGGUCAAGAUUCAUUUUUUCCAUAUGGACAACCAAUUGACACAGGGCUAUUUAUUAAAGACUUUUUUGCAUACGGCACAGCAGUGUGACUCACCUCUUCCAUAAAUCAGGUAUGGAAAACAUGAAUAAAAGAGACCAACUAUUCAUGACGAUUCAGAAAAAUGAUAGCUCAGAUCAGAAAAACAGUGCAGACUUCAAAGUUAUCUAAAGAACAAACACUAAUAAAGCAACACAAGCAAGUGUGGUGGCAAGAACACCAAAGGCUAAAUGAAGUCAGAUACAAAAUGGAAUCUGAGAUAAAAUCCUUAUUCAAUGAAAAGAACAUUGGAAAUGAAUGUCUUUCUGACCUUAUGAAUUUUGAACAGGAGUUAUCAGAACAAUGGUGCACAUAUCUUAAAAAUGUAAUAAAUCCUAUUCAGCAAUUGAGAGAAGAUCUAAAAUACAGACAGCAUCACGUUUCACAGUAUUCACACUCAUACAGUGAAUCUAACUCUGUGAAAGUAUUGGAAGAGGUUGACUUCGUGAAGAAACAAUUGAAAGCUGUCUAUGAACAACUUAGGCUAGAGCAACAGAAAAUAGAAAAUUAUCUUUCAGACUGGAGCAUGAAAAUAUUAGAUCAUUCUUCAGAAGAAAGAAGUAACCUGCUUAGUGAACUGCCCAUGGAAUUAGAAACUUUGGAAUGUCCAUACCCUGACUUGAAAUCUUCAAUCCUUAAUGAGUUCUGUAACUUUACAGAGAAAUAUCAAAAGAAACUUCAAGAUUUUGAUCUGCAAUUAGAAGACAUAUACAGAAACUUCCAGUUAAGUGAUGAAGACCACUGGAUUUACCAGGCUGUUUUGGAUCAGUAUCCUGGGAAUCUCUGUGGCAGAAGGACUUUGUAUCUGGACAUGUUACAAAGAUAUCUUCCACACAAAUCAAGGCAUGAUUUGGUCGAACAUGAGAAAUAUUGUGACCAAUAUCGCUUUGCUAAGGAGCAGCGAAGAAUCCUGAUAUUAAGUUGGAAUAAGAAUAGGAGAGACUUUAUACAGAAGGCUGUGCUGACACUGGCUGAAGCCUGUGCAACUCAUGAAAUGGAAAGCAUGUUGGCUAAGGACAGGAAAAAGCAACAGGAAGUGUGUGCUGAUCUGAAAGCCAAGGUUCUUCAGUGGCGAGCCCGCCAGGAAGAGGUAACAAGACUGGAAAUGGAAAUCUCUGCCAGAAGAAGAGAAAAGGAAGAGGAGAAAGAGAAACUGUGUAAGAAGAAGGAAUUGUUGCAAAGAGAAGAGAAGAAAAAAGAGAUAAGAAAAUACUGGGCUGAUAAAGAACAGAAAUGGCAGGAAAUGGAAAUGAGAGAUCUUCGCCGUCUGGAAGAACUGAAGAAAUUAAUGGCUGAACAGUCAGUAAAAGACAGAGAAAGGGUUAAAUAUAGACAAGAAUUAUUGGAAAAGCGUUUGAUGGAGAAAAAAGAAGUGGCCCUUCAAGAAGCGCUUGAAGAGGAAGAGAGAGAAAAACGACUAGAAGCCCUGAGGAAACAGGUUGCUAUUGUCGCUCAAUUUGAUCCUGUUAGAAUGAUGUCAGAUACAGUGGCAUCAAAAGCAAGGAUGGGUAUUGGAACUGAAGAAGAAUUUAUUCUCCAAAAGCCACUCUUCACAUUGAAUACAUACAAUGAACAGCAGAUAAUUUCUGACCCUAGACUUCGUUUUGAGUUAGCGCUCCGAGAAGCUGGACUUCAUAAAACAUUUUAUGCCAAAGAGAUAUUACCAAAAAUCAGUCCUCAAAAACCUCCAAGAAAGGAUAUGGAGUCUACUGUAUUUAAAAUCUAGAGUUCAUCCUCAAAUCUUAUUAUACAUAAACAAGAUUUUUCUUUGAAUAUAUUUAUAUGGAUAAUAAUAAUUACUACUUUCUAAAAUUUUACAAAUUAUCAGACGUAGAAGUCGUAGUAUCUAUUAAUCUAUUGUCUUUCUUUUAUGAUUUUUAGAAUUUUAUGCACUAUUUUCCAAUCUUUUUUUAUGUUUAAUAGUACUAAAUUCUCCAAAGACUAUGGAACUUAAUUAUGACACAUCUGGAACAUAUAUUAUCAUUUAGUAAAUUGCAUUUUGGAGGUUGCAUCAUCCCAUGAAAAGAGCUCAAAAUAACCAUUUGCAAGAAUCACAAUUUAUGCUGUUGUUGGCUAAUAAUGUUCAUUUCUGCUUGUUAUUUCAGAAUUAGACUUUUCAAUUAUGGAAGUUUCAUUGUCAUUAGUGCUUCUAUUAUUUCUCCAUUAUUAUAAGAGGAGACUCAACCUUUCUCUAAAUUUAGAAACCAGGUUGGUUUACCAUGUUUACUGCAAACCAAUCAUCCAAACAAUUUCACUUUGUAAAUUAGCCUGUAAGAAUAAAUUAGAAAUUAGAAAUAGCAAUUCAAGCAUAGGGAUAUCUGUUCGGCUUGGGAAAAUGUAUUUGUAUGGUUGUUUGGGAGGACUGUUUUAAAAUUUAGAAUACUAUCAAAAUUUCCAUGUUUUCAAUUAAAUAUCUGGAUGAUUUUAUAGAAAGGAAGUGUUUCAAAUAAAACUCAAGUGUAAGUUUUUGCUAUUUCUGAACAAUCACACAAAUA